AUGUCGUCUACUGCCAGCAUUGGCACAGCCGUCCCACCAGCUGACCCUGUGAAAGGACCGGUACCACGCAUAACAGCAGAGGAAGUAUGGCUUGCUAUAGCAGGGACAAAGAACGGCAAGGCUUCUGGUCCAGAUGACAUACCAAGCGAAUUCUGGAAAGAAUGCGGAUGGCUUGGUGCCUCAUGGCUUGCAGACCUCUUCAAUCAGGUCAUCAAAGCUAAGAGAAUGCCCCAUGACUGGUCAAAGAGCACAACGAUUCCGAUAUGGAAAAAUAAAGGCGAUAUCGCAGACUGUUCAACGUAUCGGCCAAUCCGGCUGAUGAGCCACACUCUGAAAAUCUUCGAAAGAGUACUUGAAAGACGACUUCGAGCGAUCAUAGAAAUACCAUCAAAUCAGUGCGGAUUUGUUAAGGGUGCCGGUGCUGCUGAUGCCAUCCAUGCUACCGGCGUGCAUCAGGGAUCACUGCUCUCUCCCCUACUCUUCAUCACAAUUAUGGAUGCAGUGAGAUCUCAAGCGACACCUUCCAUGGGCUCUCCUGUAUGCAGACGAUGUGGUGUUGAUGGCAGAGAACAGAAAAGAACUUGA